AUGGCUGCCAUGAUCUUCCAUGUUUUCUCGUCGUCGGCGCUGCUCUCGCUUGGCCUCUACCACAUCGUCUCCGUUACCCUCAAUUUCCUCAAAUCCCCGCAGUCCUACGCCGCCAGGCCCUACCAUCCCUUCCCGCCUUCCUCCACGCAUCAGCUUCUUCUCCCCCAUCACCAGCAACACCAUCUCUACGGUCUCCGCUACCUGCAACUCUAUCUCGCAAUCCCAUGCCUCGUUCUUGCCUUCGUUCAUCAGGUUAUUGUCGCCGCCGACCCUGAUCCUCUCCUCAAGGGCAACACCCCCGUCCACCAUUUCAUUUCCCUUCAAUUCGCCGCCGUCAUCUUCCUCUUCCUCAUCCUUACCCUCGCCCUUCUCCUCGCCGACUCCACCUCUCUUCUCCCUCUCCCUUCCGAUCUCUUCUUUGCCCUAGCUUCCGCCCUAUUCUUCUUGCAAUUCUCCGUCUCUUACUCAGCUGCCUCUGUUCAGACCUCUGAUCUUCAAGCCAAAUGCGAUUCCGUCUCCGGUAAAAUCUCCGCUCUGGCCUCCUUCCUCUGCCUGGUCCUUGCUUGCUUGCCUAGGCUCUUCGUGGCCGAUGUGGGUUUGGGGGUGACAUUCUUACUCCGAGGCCUUUGGGUGCUUCAGACGGGGCUUUCGCUUUAUGUCGAAGCCUUCAUCCCUGAAGGAUGUCACAGGUUGCUGGAUGUGGUGAAUGGCGUGGAGGGAUCCACCAAGUGCGAUUUGGAGGAAUCCCGGCUCAGGGCCGUUGCCAUUUUGGACCUGGCCUUUCUGAUCCACGUUAUGUUUGUUCUGCUUAUUGUGAUUGUCAUUUAUGCUGUCAUUGCCAGGGCUGUUGGCGUGCGGCGAGGUGGGUCUUACGAAGCUUUACCGGCGGCUGCUGUUGGUGGGGAAAACAGUCAUAUACAGAUGAAAGCAUUGACGGGUACCCAGGCUUAA